CUAUCCUGGACUCCUGGGCGGCCGUAGUGGCGUCGCUGUUCCUCGCACUAGCUAGAGCAAAGCAACAUUCCGAUUCUUGUUAUAGACCAUGGCCAAUGGGAUGCGUCUACUGAGCUAUCGUCAGCUCUCUUACCCUUGGCUUGGCAUAGAAUGCUCGAAGACUCGAAGGAGUCUCAAGGGUGGAAGCCUGGAAGGAUCUCGACAACGGGGUUUGACAGGGUUCAUGGCCAGUCAUCUUCUGCCAUCCUGCUUACGGGUGCUCAAUUAUCCGUGGCCACCCUUCCCGAUGUGUGCCAUACGUCAGAUUGGACAUGCAAGUCCAUUCCGUGGGGUUCUCUGCUCGAGCCUUCCAUCUGCUGUCGCAAAUCCCGUAUUCCCCCUAGCCAGGAAUACGCACGGAGGGUGGGAAGUACCGGGUGGAUCUGGGUGUAUCAAUCUGGGUUCCGACCCGGAUGUUGCGCUGUUCCUGGUCCCGAUUCGCCCAUCGCAGCGUAAACUUUUCCACUCUUUGGAGCCUGUAAAAUGGUGGAGAGCCCAGACACUGGGUCCCCGUUGUUGAUUUUUCUCCUCCUGUUUCUCACUUUUCUUGACGGUCUGUCCUCUUGAACAGCGAAGAUCGUACUGUUCCUGAUCGAUUGGCUAGCGAUUCGUUGCUACUAGUCAGUCGUCAGCUGCGAUAAUUUUAAGAUACGGGGCACCGGGGCUGCCGCUACCCUAACAACCACCAGAUACUUUAUUAUCCUUAGCGUUCGGCCACC